CUAAACGUGCAGUGUGCGCUCUCAUUCUGAUAAAACUUGGCUAUAGAUUUUGCACUGCGUCGACCGAGGGCCAGUUCUACAUAUUUGUAAAGUUAAUUAUAAUCUCCGAUUUAUGAUUGAAGGUACUUCCAGCAAGUUUGGACAAAGACGAAUGCGGACAUAAAAGCCGAGGCGUGGAAAGUUUAAAAGGACUUUAAAUGUGCUGAUGUUGGACUGAUGAAGGAGGCCUUGGGUUAAUGGAUUUUAUUCAAAGUUUUCUUUUAGGAAGUCUGCUAAGAAUGAACGGCGUGGAUUGAUUCUAUUUUAUUUUGAUCCUUGCAAGGUUCGAGGAAAAAAAACAAUGUGACCACCUGCGUUUCAUCCAACACUUUCUUCUUUUUCUUUUAAAAGUGGUGUUUUUUUUAAAUCUGACUUCUCUCUGAAGAGGAAGGAAAGGACGGCUGUAUUUGUUCUGCAGCACGAGUCUAAAAGAAGAGCAUCAAUGGAUUGAAAGAUUCCACUUUCAUCUUUAAGUGAAAAAGUGCCUGAAGCAAGGUCGGGAGAUGUGUGAAGGAGUGUGACGGACGGCCAUGGGACUGGAGAGACGGUGGCUUCAGGCUGUCACCACUGCUGUAGCCAUCUGUCUGCUAAGCGUGUCUCCAUGUGUGGCAUCAUUGGUUCAUGCCAGAGUCGGGGGCUCUGCAGAACUAAGCUGCAAUCUCACUCCUACCUCCAAAGAAGCCACCACCCCAAACCUCUUCCCUCUGCAUGUCGUGGAAUGGGUGCGCCUCGGUUACAACGUUCCCAUCCUCAUCAAAUUUGGAGUGUAUGCUCCUCGAGUUCAUCCAAACUACAAGGGCCGUGUGUCUCUGACCCGCGGUGCUUCUCUGCUGGUGGAUCGGCUGACCCUGGAGGACGAGGGCUGGUUCGAAUGUCGCAUUCUGCUCCUGGACAGCAAAAAAGACGACUUUAGAAACGGCACAUGGACCUUCCUCUCCAUCACAGCUCCGCCUGUGUUCAUCAAGACGCCACCAACUUUCGUCGAGGUUCUGCUCGGAGACUCGCUGACUCUCAGCUGUGGAGCCCAUGGCAACCCUCGGCCAACUGUCGUCUGGCAUAAAGAUGAGAGCCGAAUAGAGAAACAUGAAAAAAUAAAAGUACUCAAUGGCACCUUGUCUAUGGCUUCUGUCACAAGAAAUAUUUCAGGAGUGUACAAAUGUCACGUGUCCAACUCGGAGGGGAACCUCACCCACUAUACGCAGCUGCAGAUCAAAGGACCUCCAAUCAUCAUCAUCUCCCCAGAGGACACCACUCUCAACAUGUCCCAGGAUGCAGUUCUGCAGUGUCAGGCCGAUGCCUACCCUUCUAACCUCACCUACGAUUGGCUGAAACAAGGACAGAAUGUUUACCACAUUGAGUCGCUUAAGUCCAGAGUGAAGGUUUUGGUGGAUGGAACACUUCUUAUCCCUAAUCUCAUUCCAGAGGAUGCUGGCAACUAUACCUGUAUCCCAACUAAUGGGUUACUCACCCCGCCCUCGGCCUCUGCACACCUCAAAGUGAAACACCCUGCACGUGUGGGCCGAAUGUCCCGGGAAACGUACUUGCCUUCAGGCAUGGAGGGGGUCAUUAUCUGCCCCAUUCAGGCUGAUCCUCCUGUGCUGUAUGUCAACUGGACCAAAGAUGGGAACAAUUUGAAUCUUGACAAACUCCCAGGUUGGAUAGUGAACUCCGAGGGCUCCGUUUUUAUAGCAACAGCCAAUGACAACGCUGUAGGCAUGUACACAUGUACAGCCUAUAACAGUUACGGCACCAUGGGACAGUCUGAACCCACCACAGUCAUUUUGCAGGACCCGCCAUCAUUCCGAGUGCAUCCUCGGCUGGAGUAUCUCCAGGAGGUGGGCAGAGACUUGAUCAUCCCCUGUGAAGCCAUCGGAGACCCCGCUCCAAACAUAACUUGGAGCAAGAUUGGCCCUACUCCUCGCUCUCUGUACACUGUGUUGGCCAACGGCUCCCUCCUGCUGCAGCCGCUCAGUAAAGAUCACCAGGGGGGCUGGGAGUGCUUGGCCACAAACCGCGUAGCGACUGUCAGUGCAGGCACCGUGGUCAUGGUGCUGGGCACAAGUCCUCAUGUUGUGUCCUCAGUGUCUGUCAUCACGGAGAUGAACCAGGCCAAUGUGUCCUGGGUGCCUGGCUUUGAUGGUGGAUACACCCAGAAGUUCACUGUAUGGGUCAAGCAGGCAUCUCGAGGAAAACAUGAAUGGGCGUCUUUGCCUGUGCCAACAUCCAAAUUCUACCUGCUGGUGACCGGGCUACUUGCUGGCACCGGCUAUCAGUUCAGCGUCCUGCCUCAGAAUAAACUCGGCUCUGGACCUUUCAGUGAAAUUGUUUCUGUGCGGACUGAAGCUGUGCCAACAGAAGCACCUACAGAUGUCACCACUCUCCCAUUCCUGGAUCCUCCAAUACUCCUGUCAGCCAACCAGACAGACCGAGGUAUUUUCCUCCAGUGGUGGCCUCCAGAGGCUCCAUCCUCUCCACUGACGGGCUUUGUGCUGCAGGCCCGCAGGGAUCAGGGCCAGUGGGUCAUCCUCAGCAGCAACAUCGGUGCCAAUCAGAGUGAACUACUCGUACAAGGACUGUUAAGGGACUCCAGUUAUGAUCUGAGGCUGAUGUCUUGUAGCAACAAAGUUCUUAGUGAACCGAGUGAGUCUGUCAAUGUAUCCACCAUAGGGAUGGAGAUUUACCCCCUGCGCCCGCGUUUCUUGGAGUUCAUCCCUGAGCCCCUGCUGGCUGGUGUGUUAGGAGGCGUGUGCUUCCUGUUCGUGGCCAUCAUCCUCUCGUUGGUGACAGCGUGCUACAUGAGUCAAAGGAGACAGCGUCGGCGCAGAAAGAGAAGACAAGAUCUCCCAUCUGCCCUCCAGAAGGGCUCAUCCCCAGAAACUCGCUCACCUCCUCACAGCCCAGACAGUGUCCUAAAGCUGAAGCUGUGUCCGCCGCUCCCCUUCUUCCCCACCUCCUCCUCCUCACAGUCCGAUCGGUCGUCCUUUGAUAAAGGCAGCCGUGGGGAAUACCACGACCAGCGGAAACAACUCAUAUCCAACUCAUCUCCGCCGCCACAUUACACACUCUUUGAGAGUCACCUGGGCUCUCAGGAUGCCUCACCAUCUGCUCUGGAGUCCAUCUCCAGAGGCCCAGAUGGGCGCUUCAUUAUCCAACCGCUGCCAGAGGGUUCCAGUCCAUCCAAUAAGAAAAACUCCAGAAUAGAGGUCCUGCAAAGUAACGGUGGGGCAAGUGGCUCAGGGAGCAACAGGUCGUCACUCAGGGACUCACCUAAGUCGAGCAUCUUGAGCUCAGAUAAGGACAAGAGGAAGGAUUCUCCUCUCACUGUGGACGUCCCAGAGCUGAGCAGACCUCCUUCCUCGCCUGGAAGAGUACGAGCCAUGGCCAGAAACUUCUCCCGUCACGGCUGCUUCUACUCUGACGACGAACAAGGCUCAGAGGCUCUGUUGGAAAGAGCCAGCUUCUAUUCAGACAAGAGUGAGAAAAAACCCAGCGAUUCUCUCAGGAGAUAUCACAUGCCAGGCCACACUGAAGAUCUGUUCCCAAGUUUGGGGAGGAGAACAAAACUGCUGGAUAGAGACCAACACCAUUCAGACUACCAGCCUCUGGAGAGUCAGCUGACUAACAACAGCACCCUGGUGUCACAGCUUGACAGCGAGCUGGAGACGGGUAGUAUCAACAAGUGUGUCCAACUGGCAAAAGAGAGGGAAGAAAUGGAGAGGGAGCUGGAGAGCUAUACAGCCGAUCCAAGAAGUCAUGGGAGAGACGAGGGACAGUCUGGUAAGACAAAAAGCCCUCACAGGGACACGCCCAAUGCAGAGGAAGAGCCUAUAUGGAAGCCUCAAGAUGUAACGAUAAGACAGAAACACAGGCCCUCGGGUCAGACGAGUCGGGUAUCUGACUAUCGGAAGGCGUGCUACUUUGGGAACACCAGCAGUCCCUCGGACCGGCUCCCUACGUCUCGCAUACAGUGGGACAUCAGCCCGGUUACAUCAGUCACCAGCCUCAUUCCUGUGCAGAGCCCCCGGGAGACCAUAUCGCCCAGAUCACAGCAUGUUCGCACAUGUCGGGAAACCACAGGGGACUCUCUUGCUGUCGAUUCGUCACGCUCUCCAGUCACUCAGAACACCUCCCUCCACAUGCUGUCCCCUGAUGUAAGCUCAGAAUGUCCCCCUGUUCUGUGUCUAGAAACGCCAGACAGAGUCAGGUCAUUGAGUCCUCUGAGAGAGCCAGAUAGAUGCAGGAAGUCCAUGACUGAGCAGGGCUUAAGGGAAAAGAUACAGGACGGAGGUGUUGCAUCAAGGACCAGACAUUCAUAUGCUUCUGCGGGCACUCAGCCCUGGGCUUCAGCUGCCAGAGGGCCUUCAGUUGAGAGUGAGAGGCCUGAAAGUUCGGCCUCUGCACCACAUAAUCAGCCGGAGAGAACUGCAAACUACUACACAGCCACGAGGGAUCCCAGUCCAUCUAGUUAUCCUACCUUACCCUAUGAACAUCAUGAAGUAGGGGCAAAGGCCAAAGAAAAAGACACUCGGGCCCGGGAUGACCGACGGGGUUCAGGGUUUUACUCUGAGUUAGAGAGAGAGGGGGUGCGAACACGCUCCAGGAGAAGUGACAAAUGUCUCUUCUCUGAUAGUCCAAGUCCCGUUUCAACAUUGACACUUGUAGAAGAGGUGGAUAGUGACCAGUCCCAAUUUUCUGUCCCUGGAAUGUCAGGGUCCUUCAAGGCUAAGCCUGUAGCUCCAUCUCCCCAGAUGUCCCCACUGCAGACAAGUGCCAUUCUUGAAUACCUGAGCCUUCCCGGUUUCAUUGAAAUGAGUGUGGAUGAGCCGGUGGAAGAGGCUGCAGUCACAGACGCUGCUGGACAAAGUUCAGAACUAAAGCCAGAAAAGGCCCUGGUAGCUAAGCCCGAUGUAGUUCCUAAAAACUGGGAGGUUCACGUUCAGGACAACCGGGUCACAAACUCGACCCACCAUUCUGCAGAAGCCAGCGUUAUUUCUGGUAAAAAACAAGGCCAUAAACACUCCCUCCAUGUGGAAGCUAGAGAUUCCUCACAUAGAGUAAGAUUUCCAGAUGAGACGACACCAUCGUCACCUGGUCCAGAGAAAACUAGCAAGCAGCUCUAUAAUGAGAAAACACAAAUUCGAGUUGGCAACAAAAGUACCGACAGACCUGAAUCCAGACUUGGAUCCAGGUCUGCUCACACCUUGGUCAGUGCAGCUAGAGGAAUGGCAGACAUAGUGUCAAAACACUCACAGAGCUUUGUAGACAGCCGGGAGUCUUUAUCAGAGCAAUCCCAAAGACAAGCUUCUCAGGGCAGCCGGACUAAUAACAUUGCAUCACGAAUAUGUCAAGCCCCUGCGCCAUUUCUAAAGAAGUCCUUAAGCAUCGGCCCUUGUAGGACACUCUCGGGUAUGGGACAGCCUCGUCCUUUCCUCAAGAAAUCCAUCAGCUUAGGCUCACAGAGGUGGGAGCACUUUGAGAGCCCUAGGACAUAUAUUUCUGAGAAAUGUUAUUGGGACGAGUUCCCUCACCCAGAUGUCAGGGUAAAGUCCUACAGUUUGGGUCGCAGUCCGCCUUCCCUUCCCAGGCCAGCCCCCACCUGGAGGGAGUAUGUCCCGUUGAGACGCCCCAGCAUGGGGAGCCUGGAGAGGCCUCAGCACGCACAAAGAUCUUUAGCAAGUCCUUCCUACCUCACUCCUUCCAUGUACCCACCGAGACGAACCUCAAUGUCCCCGAUGCUGGAACCCUCCGAUCCCCGACGGCAGGCCACUGUUUUCCCAGAGUCCUCCAGGUGGUCUCCCUCUUAUCAAGAUACCAUGAGGUCUGCCCCGCUUAAAUAUGUCCCCAUGCCCUCUUCCAUCCCUGUCCUCCAGUACCAACACUGGCCAGGAUCCAGAGGGGAAAGCAUGAGACCCAUGGAGCCCAGCAGGGGCCCUCCGAGGUCCUACCUGCCCAGAGGCAUCAGCUGGCCCUCACCUCACUAUGCCCCCUUUCCACCCAGAGAGGCAGAAAGUUACAGACAGCCAGACAGGAUGAUGAGGAGGGGAGGGGAGACGGAGAUCAGGGAGGUCAGAGAGACCAGGGAGGGAGGGAGGACCAGUUAUGCCAGUCAGAGCAGCGGUAGAGGCAGCGCCGGCCUCUUUCGACAGUCCCUGUCCAUCACUCCCACACUGCUCAGCUCCCCCGAAACCACAGAGGAGAGCGAGCGGCACAGAGCUGAGAUGGAGCUGCCUGAGAGGAGAGCGAAAAGAAGGAACACAUCAGUAGAUGAGAGUUAUGAGUGGGACUCUGCUGAUGCGUGCGUGGACUCGGAGGUCCUGGAGGCCAUGAGGUUUGAUCAGUCACAAAUGGGUUUUCGGAGAGGCAGGUCGGAGCUCGGAUAUGAUCAAGCCGGUGGCCUCCGGGACCAGCGGCAGAAAGGCCCGUGUCCCUCAGUCAGCCCGCCAGUUUCCAACCCACCUCGCUGCCAGUACAGCCGCUCCCUAAGUGAGGCGCGCUUCAACGCUCUCCGCCAGGAGUACCAAGAGUACAGGCAGACUCAGCAAUCCAUCUGUUCCCGUGAGCCCUGCCGCGAUUCAGCCUCUGACUCCGGCUCAGCGCUGCUCUAGCAGCUUAACUCGGUAUAUCUAAGACGCAUACCAGAAGGCAGUUUUAAUGAACAGACGACAGCACUGUGGUGCUGGACUCUGUCACACAUCACUGGAGCUUUCUAACGUGAGAAAACUUAAUUGUUCAAAGUUGUCUGUCAUCUGUAACAUGGCAUACAGCACCAUAAGCUGAGAAGGGAUUAUCUAUUUUUCUGAGAAGCUCGUGCAACUGUAUUUUGGGAUUUCUUUCUUCUUUUUUUUUAAACCUUGACAAUCAGGCACACAGGGCCCCUUUGAGCAAUGAAAUGCUCCCCAUUGACUGAGAUAAGAAAAGACCUGCUUAAUAAAAGCAGCAGCAUGCUACAUAAUGAAGGUUGUAUUUCAAGUUCAUGUCUAUCGCAUCAAAGACCUCCCUUUGAUAAUAAAGGGAUGCUAAUGACGACUGUGUAGGUUUGUUUCCAAGAUAACAUCUGCUCGUGCAAAUGGCUGUAUCUGUAAUGUUGCCAUUCAAACAUGUUCACCACCAUCUCCCUCUGACUAUGACAAAAGAACUGAUAUAAUAGUUCUCAAAAAAUCACAUGAUUAGGCAACUCUGAUUGUUUUGUACUUUGGUACAGAAUCUUGGAGCAGUUUGCGAUAUCUAACUUACAGACAAUAAUUUACUACUUAAAAGAAAACUCUGUUUGUGAUUUGCCACUGUGGUUUUCCUGUUGGUUCCCUCAACUCAUUUCCUGUUCUAUACAUAUUAUAUAUAACGUUCACCUGUUGAGACUUUAUAAAUGAAAUCACUUCAAAUAGCCUCACCAGUAUUUGUUCCAGAUGUACAAAUGUUUAUAUGUACCCCAAUGUGAAUGAACCCUGCUGUAUUGUAUAUCCCACUUCAUCGUUUCAUCGGAUGACAAAAUGCUACUUUACUGCCCCUGAAUUGGUCUAAGCUUGCCUCUGUGAUUAAAUUACAGCUCCCGUAAAACUUGAUUGAAAACACGGGGAACAUGUUUUUUUGCCUUACUUUUGUUAAUGUCACAAGCACGCACUACUUGAUUGACCACGUAAGGUUUGAGCUGACGAGUUAAAAUCAAAAGAUUCAAAAUGAUUGAAAGGUUGUUCGUUUUUUACACGAGUUUUGCUCACAUGAUGAGUCUGUCUGUAUAUUUAUGAAGGUGAGUUAUGAUAUGCAACAAUGUUUACAAUUCACUUCAUUGAUGUGAAGGCAACACUGUGAAUAUUUUCAUCGACUUCUGAUUCUGUAUUUGAAUUGCUGUGAAGUCUAAUGAAUUUUGUGUCCAUUAACCCACUCUUCUUCUGUUUUGUUAUUAACUGAAAAAAGCUGUUUUUAUUACGUCACCUGACAAACAGAGGUUUUAAGAAUAUAUUUGUAGCUAAGAUUCAAAAUGUGUACUAUAUUUAAACCAGAGACUUCAUAUGGAGUGAGUAUGCAUUUACGAUGAUGGUUUUGGAAGUUUUGUACAAACUAGACAUUUUUAUAUCUCACCACCUGGUUGUUUUUGUCAUUUUUUAUAUGUUUGUACUGAAUAAAUUGUUUUAUUC